AUGUCAGGUACUGCAGCUGGAGGUGCUAGCAAUUCUGGUGCCAGUACAUCAGUGUCCGCUCUUGGUGGCCUUGGUGGGUCAUUAGAAGACAAGGAUUGUGAUCUUUUGUGCCCAGUAUGCUUUGAACUCAUUGAUGAAGCAUAUGUCACACGCUGUGGACACUCUUUUUGUUAUGCCUGUAUUGCAAAGUCAGUGGAAUUACACAGGAGAUGUCCAAAAUGUGGAGCCCAGCUGACGGGACGAGAUCACUAUUUCCCAAACUUUUUGCUCAAUGAACUGGUUGCCCGUCGGCGCUUGCGCACUAAACCGACGACUGUAGCGCCCUCUAUUCCUUCACCGGGAGAUGCGGAGAGGCUUCGAGCACUUGUCGCAGCUGAAGCAAGGCAUUUAGGUCUAUCAGAUGUCGAUGGCAUGCUAGAUGUGUUGACGAGAAGAAAAAGACUCCUAGAAGCAGAGUCGGCUGCGGCUCACCACAGACUUUUGUAUGAGUUUUUGUCUCAGCUAUUGAGGCACCGCUCACACCAGUUGGAACAGUUGUCGAGAGAGGCGACGCUUGUGCGGAAGGACUUGGACCACGUGGGCACAGUCCUUCGAGAGCUGAAGGCGGGGGCGGAGGCCCGUAUCCCUUCGCCCACCGAACAUUCCUUGGCCGAAUGGCUGCGAGAGGGUCGAUUGAAACGGGAAAUCAGCGAGACAGACACACAGCAAGCCCCUUACGCGCAAGAGGAAGAGGAGAGUUUCGGGUCGGUCUGCGGCGGAGGCUGGGCCGGGACGGAUGCGCUCGCGCAGCGCUGGAGGAGGCUGGCCGCGCAUUUCGAUGACUUCGUACAGUGCUACUUCGCCCACCGAGCCGACGAACUAUACUUCCCGGGGUCCGGGUCGGAGGGGCCCACGGCGCCCGUGACCCCGGGGCCCGUGGUGCCCUCGACCACCGGCGGGGCCUCGGAGGCCGACCACGUGCCCCAACAGAUGCCCGAGACGAGAGUCUCCAGCGCUGCAGCUAUGGACCAAACCGCCCCGGACGGGGACCCGCCGGCGGUCCACGCCGUCGCCCAAUGCGGGAGCGGAGACGCGUCGAUGAACGCCGCGUUUCCGGGCGGGGACCAGAGAGCCCCGGACGGGGAGCCGCCCGUCCAACCCGCGACCCCCGUGGCGGUGGAGACGGAAGUGUUCGGGGGUCUGGACGCGUUCCGCGAGGACCUGGCCGCGUUCACCCGCUACAGAGCCCUGAGGCCGUUGGCGACCCUGUCCUACUGCUCGGACGCCAUCAACUACUCCACCAUCGUGUCGACGAUCGAGUUCGACAAGGACGACGAGUUCUUCGCGAUCGCCGGAGUCACAAAACGGAUAAAGGUGUUCGAGUUCGAGUCCGUGGUGCGCGACGCGGUGGACGUGCACUACCCGUGCGCCGAGAUGCAGUGCUCGCACAAGAUCUCGUGCGUGUCGUGGAACGCGUACCACAAGAACGUGCUGGCCUCCUCCGACUACGAGGGCACCGUGGCCGUGUGGGACGCCGCCACGGGGCUCCGCACGAGGGCGCUGCAGGAGCACGACAAGCGUUGCUGGUCCGUGCACUUCAACCGCGCCGACGUGCGCCUGCUCGCCUCGGGCUCCGACGACGCCCGCGUGAAGCUCUGGUCGCUGAACGCCGAGCGCUCCGUGGCCACCCUCGAGGCCAAGUUCAACGUGUGCUGCGUGCGCUUCAACCCCAACUCGUCGUGUCACCUGGCCGUGGGCUCGGCCGACCACUGCGUGCACUACUACGACCUGCGCGCCCCCCGCUCCCCCCCUGGCCGUGCUCCGGGACCACCGCAAGGCCGUCUCCUACGUGCAGUUCCUGGACUCGAAGACGCUGGUCUCCGCCUCGACCGACUCGAUGCUGAAGCUGUGGCGCGUGGACUCGCCGCGGUGCGUCAGGUCCUUCACGGGCCACGCCAACGAGAAGAACUUCGUGGGGCUGGCGACGGACGGCAACCCCUGCUGGCGUACAGGUUCGAGGCGGUGCGGGGCUUCCUCGAGAAGGAGCGCCGCGACGAGGAGCCCAGCGAGUUCGUCUCGGCCGUCUGCUGGAGACGCUCCGUGGACAGGCCCGUCCUGCUGGCCGCCAACUCGCAGGGCACCAUCAAAGUGCUGGAGCUCUUGUAA